CCCAGCAGCUCUGCCUUGAGGAAGUGAGAAUCGGCGAACUCUCAUUUCAAGCUCAUCAUCAUGAGUGAGAGACAAGGUGCUGGAGCAACAAAUGGAAAAGGCAAGGCCCCUGAUGAAAAUGAUACACAAAAGAAGGUUCCAGAGGAUUUUGACAUAGACAUGGAUGCACCAGAGACAGAGAAAGCUGCUGUGGCGAUACAAUCUCAGUUCAGAAAAUUCCAGAAGAAAAAGGGCGGCUCUCAGUCUUAGUCUCUACCUCAUGUUUUUUGCCAUCAAACACUUCCUAGUCUAUCCAGAAAUGAAGAAUUAAAACAUUUAGAUGCAUGUACAGGAAUAACCACUAUUUAAAACCCCAAUUGUCAGGUAUCAAAGCAAUUAUGCAUAUGCUGUGGCUUAGGCUCUAUAUUGACGUCCAGUAUCAGUUCUUCUGUAAUCCACGUUUUAUCUGAUA